CGAACUCCAAGAGCUUGAGGCAAGCAACUAUCCUCCUCGCCUGCCGUACGAGACAAGCUUCACCGACCUGCGAGAAAUGCGCACACGGACAAGUACCAGUCGCUGUUAUGCUUACAUCUCUCACACCUGAUCUUUUACCCUUAAUUCGGCCACAGUGCUCAUAUGUUGAAGCUCAAUUUCGGCUUUUGGCAUUCUAGGCUUAAACGAUUUACCCCAUUGAGUGAUCAGCAUGCAGUUGUAACUGGUAUUAGGGAGUUUCAAUAAUAGGAAUGGACCGCGACAGAGACAGAGGUCGGGGCGGCGGGAGACCUGGACCCUCACCGGGACAGCUGCUAGACAGGGUCAGGCAGCUGCGCGCCAAAGCAGCCCAGGACAUCUACGAUGUAGCGGCGUGGGACCAGGCGUUUGAGGAGCUGAAGUCGCUGCCCCUAACCGAUGAAACACGCCCCAUCUAUGACGAAAUGGUCGCAGCAUUCCCCACCAAGGCGGACCUGUGGUGCAAGUACGCGGAGCAGGAGCUGGGCGCGGGCAACCUGUCGGGUCUGAAGGCGGUGUUCCAGCGCUGCAUCAUGCAGGUGCCCUCCCUGGAGCUGUGGGCGCUGUACAUGAAGUUCAUCCGGAGGAGCAACAAGGCCAAGGGCGCGGAGGGUGCGGUGGAGGUGCGCAACGCACUGGACUUCACGCUGGAGGUGGUGGGGCAGGACAUCAACUCGGGCCCCUUCUGGCAGGACGCCAUCCAGCACCUGCAGCAGGUCAAGCCCGCAACACCCGAGUUCGCAGCGCUGUUCCCGCAGGCCAUGUCGGGUCAGGAGGACCAGGCGCGCAUGGCUGCAGUGCGGCGGCUGUACCAGCGGGCGGUGUGUGUGCCGCACCACCACCUGGAGGGGCUGUGGAGGGACUACCAGCGCUUCGAAAACGAGGGGCCCUCCAAGAUGUUUGCGAAAAAGGUGCUGGACGAGUGGGCUCCCAAGUACCAGGCGGCUCGAGCCGUGUACCGGGAGCGCAGGCGGAGAGCAUCGGUGCUGAGCUACGCGCUGUGGCCGCUGCCCCCCGGCAAGGGCGGCCUGCUGCAGGAGCAGCAGGCGGCGCUGUGGCGGGAGUACCUGGCAUACGAGCGAAGCAACCCGCAGGGCCUGGAGCCGGCAGUGCUGCAGGCGCGAGUGGCGCUCGCGUUCGACCAGGCGCUCAUCUGCUUCCUGCACUUCCCCGAGUUCUGGCUGGACUACGCGGACUGGCACGCCGCAUGCGGCCGCUCCGAAGCCGCCGCCUCCGUCCUCACCAAGGGCCAGGCCGCCCUGCCGCAGUGCCUGCAGCUCCGCAUGCUGGCUGCCGACCUGCACGAGCGGACCGGCCGGCCGGAGCAGGCGGUGGCCAUCUACGAGGGGCUGGCGCUGAACCUGGAGCAGCAGCAGGCGGUGACCCGUGGGUCGCUGUCGGCUGCGGAUGCGGGUCCGCUGCUGCCCAUGAGCGCGGAGCAGGGGGAGCUGGUGUGGGUGCAGUACAUGCAGCUGCUGCGGCGGGUGGAGGGGGACUUCCACAGCCGCAAGCUCUUCCUGCGCGCCCGCAAGUGGCAGCUGGGUCUGCCCCCCGCCGAGCCCUUCAGCUGCUGGCGCCUCUACGCGGACGCUGCGGCGCUGGAGUGGCGGCGCGGGCGCGACGCGGCGGCGGCUCGCAACGUGUUCGAGAAGGGUCUGGAGGACGUGCGCGUGUUCCGGGAGCCGCAGUACGCAGCGGCGUACCUGGACCUGCUGUGCGGUCUGGGUGACGUGGACAACGCGCGCGCGCUGCUGGUGCGGCUGCUGGCGGACGAGGUGAACGCGCGCUGCGUGGCGCUGUGGCAGCGGUACCUGGCGUUCGAGGGAAUGUCCGGCGACCUGGCCUCGGUGCUGGAGGUGGAGCGGCAGGCGGCCGCAGCGCUGCGGGGCGAGGAGGCGGAGCAGCUGCGGGCGGCGCUACCGCUCAUACGACGGGACUUCACCUACCUCCGCGCCCCCUCCGACCUACGCCGCAUCCUGGGCCUCCCCACCGCACCCAGCGAGGCGGCGGGCGGGCUGGCGGCAGCAGGUACGGCAGCAGCGGGUGGUGGUGCGCUGGGCGGCCCGCCCGGCUCCUCCAUCCGCCCCCCCAGCGCCUACACGCACUCGGGCGGGGCGGCGGGGGCGCAGGAGCCGCAGCCGCUGAAGCAGCUGCCGCCGCAGUUGGGGCUGUUCAUCAACUCGCUGCCGCCGCCGCAGGCGGUGGAGGGUAUCGUGCCGGAUGUGGACCAGGUGAUCGGGGCGCUGCUGCACAUGGACCUCACGGCGGGGGCGGUGCUGCAGGUGUGUCUGGACCUGGAGGCGGGCAAAACGUUGGGCGGCGGGGGGCCGCAGGGGGGCAUGGAGCAGCCGCCCUACCCGCACCCCCAGCACAUGCAGGACGCGCCGCCGGGGCACUUUGGCAGGUGCGGCACCGGGGAAUGCCGCUGCUGCUGCUGUUGCUGCUGAAUGGACCUGCCGGUUCUGCUGCCCGCCUUCCUGCCAGCACUUACCGACAUGCUAAUCUAGGAUCAUCAAGGAUACCGGUGGAGUGAAGCCGGUGCGCAUGGAUACUCAUUCAC